CAAGCCCAAUGGGCGUCGAUCAUGAUAGCGCACAUGCGCAACACGGGGAACACUAUCCAUAUGGCACAGCGAUGAGCAGUUCCUAUGCUUCUGCUUCAUACCCGUCUGUGCCCGCGCCGCCAGCCAGCCAGCAUUCAAAACCGCGUUGUGGCCAGCACCAGCGCGACGCACCUAUCGACGUGACCGAAGACACGAGAAAGAAGCGCAAAGGAAAACGGAAGAGCGCAGGGGUAGAUGAUGAAGAUAAUGGCGAUGGGAAGUCUGCUAAGAAGAAGGCCAAGUCCAAAGAUGAGGAGAAGCGACUCAAGCGCUGGCGACCUCGUGCCCCAAAUGCUUAUCACGAGAUUCGCAGUCGUGCCUUGACUCAACGCAUGUUUGUCAUUGACAGGCAGCGGCAUCCACCUGAUGACAAUGUUGAAGAGAGCCAACGCCACCCGACCGAAACCCUGUCCAUUGCCGGCACAACAGGCAAUAUCUACACCAUUGUCAUCGACAAGAAGCCUACGUGCGACUGUCCACACGCGAAGAAGGGAAACCAAUGCAAACAUGUCAUCUAUGCUCUCGCUCGUGUACUUCGCGUGCGCGCCGACUUGGAAUAUCAGCUCGCGUUCAUCUCCUCAGAGCUACGCGAGAUCUUCGAGAAAGCACCUCCACUGCCUACCGCGACCGGCGAUGAAACAGCGAAAGACGGCAAUCGCAAACCUGUUGAAGGCGAAUGUCCGAUCUGCUGCGUCGACUUCGAGCCAGAGAACGCCAAAGAAGAGAUCGUGUACUGCAAAGCGGCGUGCGGCAACAACAUACACAAGGAGUGCUUUGCGCAGUGGGCUGCGACGAAGACGAAUGGCAAUGUCACAUGCCCGUUUUGUCGCACGCCUUGGGAGAGCGAUGAGGAUACCGUCAAGACAGUCGCGAAGACUGGACAAAAGAAUGCUGAAGGCUAUGUCAACGUCGCUGGACAGCUUGGGUUGAGUGGUCGGCGGGAUUACUCCACGUACAAUGAGUUCUGGCUGCGGCGCCAAGGACGGUAUUAUGACGACUAUUGAAGUGCAGUGGCGCAUGAAGUUACGAAGAGAUGACUUGGUGUGAUUCAGAUCUCGAUGCAUGUUCGAACCCGAGCUGCAGGAAUUGUGUGUUUUGGGAAGACUUUGCAAUAUUUGAAGCCAGCCCAUGGAACUUGUAUCUGCCUCUAUAUGGACCUCACAAUGCCAGCUCUAAUUCCGACUUC